CCAUGUGACCAUUUGGACAGACCCCGGAUGUACUGGUAUUUUAAAUACGAACAGCGCAUGCGCAUUGGCCUCUUUUAUUUCUGGGACAAUGGCCGACGAAACGGAAAAGAAGGUUCCGUCAGUCCCUGAGACGCUCCUCAAGAAGAGGAAGCGUUAUGCCGUCGUCAAGGCUAAGCGUGCUCAGGCCAAGGUGGCCGAAGCAAAGGCCCGCAAAGUGACCAGGAAGCUCAUCUUCAAGAGGGCCCAAAGUUACCACAAGGAGUACAAGGAGAUGUACAGGCGUGAGGUCAGGCUGGCAAGAACGGCCCGCAAAGUGGGAAACUUCUACGUUCCAGCUGAGCCCAAACUGGCCUUUGUCAUCAGAAUCAGAGGUAUCAACGGUGUCAGCCCCAAGGUGCGCAAGGUCCUUCAGCUGCUGCGUCUUCGCCAGAUCUUCAAUGGUGUGUUCGUGAAGCUGAACAAGGCCUCCAUCAACAUGCUCAGGAUCGCAGAGCCCUACAUUGCAUGGGGAUACCCCAACCUGAAGUCAGUCCGUGAACUGAUCUACAAGCGUGGUUUUGGCAAGAUCCACAAGCAGCGCAUUCCUCUGACAGACAACUCUCUGGUUGAGAAAACCCUUGGGGACUAUGGCGUCAUCUGUGUUGAGGACCUGAUCCACGAGAUCUACACCGUAGGCAAGAACUUCAAGGUCGCCAACAACUUCCUGUGGCCCUUCAAGCUGUCCUCUCCCCGUGGCGGCAUGAACAAGAAGACCACCCACUUCGUGGAGGGAGGUGACGCUGGUAACAGGGAAGACCAGAUCAACAGACUCGUCAGGAGGAUGAACUAAAGGUGUCCCCAGGGUGAUGUCAUCUGUUGAUCUUAUUCUCAAUAAAACAUCUGAAAAGACCA